CCCGCCCCGAGCUUUUAUAAGUAAGGCAUAAAACUCAACAAUAGCCCAAUAGGACAUACCAUAAAAAUGGCACCGUAAAUGAUGAUAAACGUUGGAUUCAAUUUGUUUCGGUUGCAAUUUGUCAAACAUCCGCGUUGUCCAGCAAACCGUUGACAAAAACCCAAAAUCCCUCUUUCUCUCCGUCUUUGAAAGCCUCACUCACUACUCCUUUAGAUUGGUGCAUGCUCUUUUUGUUUCUCUUCGGGUUUUCAUAGGCUCCGCUGGACAUUCUUCAUGAAGAUAUAGAGGUUUUAUUUGCUACAAUUUGUUUUCUGGAGCUGUGAAAUGAAAUGGGUUUAAGUGGAAUCUGUCUUUAGUUUAAAUGCUGUUGUUUGUAACAGAAUUAGGUUCUAUUGAAUUGUGACUUCUGAGGAGUUGGCAAUCAUUUUCUAACCUUCUGAGGAGUUGGAAUUCAUUUUCUAACUCUGGACUUCAAGAUGAUUGGGAGGAAAAAUAUGGGGCGAGUAUCGCCGUUCUUUUUGGUGCUUUUGUCCUUUGGGUUUUUCUUUGCCACAUAUAACUUGUUAAUAUUCGUAAUGCAUAAUAGCUCAAAUUCAGGAGAUGAAUUGGAGUUAUCUGAUCCCAUUACAAGGAUGCCUGAAGAAGUGAAGAGAUUAGGGAAUUCAAAUUCAAGAUACCAUGUUGCCCUUACAGCUACUGAUGCUCCUUAUAGCCAGUGGCAAUGCCGGAUUAUGUUCUAUUGGUAUAAGAAGAUGAAAGAUGAGCCUGGAUCAGACAUGGGAAAGUUCACUCGAAUUCUCCAUUCUGGAAAAGCUGACCAAUUGAUGGAUGAGAUUCCAACCUUUGUUGUUGAUCCUCUUCCAGAGGGGCUAGAUCGGGGUUAUAUUGUCUUAAACAGACCAUGGGCUUUUGUGCAAUGGCUGGAAAAAGCAACAAUUGAUGAAGAGUAUGUUUUGAUGGCUGAGCCUGACCACAUAUUUGUAAAUCCUUUGCCUAACUUGGCACAUGGAGAACAUCCAGCUGGGUAUCCAUUUUUCUACAUUAAGCCAACUGAACAUGAAAAAAUUAUUAGAAAAUUUUAUCCGGAACAACAGGGCCCUGUGACAAAUGUUGAUCCAAUUGGCAACUCUCCUGUGAUUAUAAAAAAGUCCCUACUGGAGGAAAUUUCACCAACAUGGGUGAAUAUCUCAUUGAGAAUGAAAGAUGAUCCAGAGACUGAUAAGGCAUUUGGUUGGGUGCUAGAAAUGUAUGCAUACGCUGUAGCAUCAGCAUUGCAUGGUGUUCGGCAUAUACUUCGGAAGGACUUCAUGAUACAGCCACCAUGGGAUCUGGAAGUUGGAAAGAGGUUUAUCAUUCACUAUACUUAUGGAUGUGACUAUGAUCUCAAGGGAAAACUAACAUAUGGAACAAUUGGAGAAUGGCGAUUCGAUAAGAGAUCCUAUCUAAGUGGUCCUCCGCCAAAGAACCUGUCCUUACCCCCACCAGGAGUUCCUGAAAGUGUGGUGAGACUUGUAAAGAUGGUAAAUGAAGCUACUGCUAAUAUUCCAGGUUGGGAUCCAAUAAACAGCGGUUGAAAUUGAAUUUUGGAUUAUAAAUUCGUUGAUCCUUUGUUCAGUAUGACGCAUCCUUGUGAAGAAGAUUCAUUGAUACCAUUUACACAGUAAAAGAAGAGUGGUAUAGAUAGAAAAAUAGGAAAGUUGUUGAAAGAUUAUAGGAGGGAUUUUGACAUUUUUUAAUCAUGGAGACCUCUGAAUUCUUUUUGUACACAUUUGCUACGUUUGAAAUUAGUGUUGAAUCUUGUAUCUUCCAAUGUUUUAGACCUGUAAAUGGAAAAUUCUCUGCUGUCAAGGUUUGUAGUACUAUCAGCAUUUUGCAGUUCAUUAUGUGGAUUAUGAGGAAUUUUUACUAGUAAA